CAUCACGAAGGCAGACUCGCCGUUUUCCUCCCACUUUCUCCUUUCCUGGGCGUUAGGGUUUUGCAGUCAGCACGGCUGGGAGCAUUCGCGGGCUUUACAGACUCAAUCGUUUGGCGGCCUUCAACCUUCCUAAGUUGCCAUGGAUUCCUCGUCUCUUAACUCCCCAGAGCUGAUGAAUUUUAUCAAUGAAGAGAAGCAAAGAGCCAUGGUUGCGGAGAUGGUGGCUAAGCUUACCAGUGUGUGUUGGGACAAGUGUAUCACUGGUACGCCUGGGAGUAAGUUCAGCUCCAGUGAAUCUAACUGUCUAUCUAACUGUGCACAACGCUAUAUGGAUAUGAGCAUCAUCAUUAUGAAACGAUUCCAAAACAGUUAAUGGAUCUCAACGGGAGGAAGAUGUUCCGGUUACAAGACAAACAUAUUUUCUUGGAUCUAUUGUUCAAUUUAAACCAAAAGAAAAAGGGUCUAGACUUGCGGAAAUAUUGUUCAUUUUUUAAAGUUGAUGCAUUGCCCAAAUCAGAUUAUCUUACAUCUUGAUAAGAAAGUUACCGAACUGAAAUGGUGUAGCCCAUUGUAGUUUUUGAUAUGUAGGUGUUGUUGAGUUUAUGCUUUCGAUUUCAACUAGCUGCGUCCCUGAAAUUCCAAGAGGAAGGGCUCGAUGUGGAGCACUGCCUCUAAGUUUGGAUGAAACGAAAAGGUAGGCAUUCCAUGUAAUUGGUUGCAAGUACCGAACUUUGAAUAAUUGGAUGUAAUGUCAUAGUUGCACAAUGUGAAUCAUUUUAACACCUAGAUUCUGCUUC